GAAUCAGAGCUCUUUAUGGAACUCAUCCGUGACGUAGCGAAUGAAUUAGACAUUGAUGUGCUGUGUUACAAAAUUUUAAAAAAUGUCAGCAUUCUUACUCAUGCUGACCGAGGUUCUCUCUUUCUGGCCCGAUCGACGGGGGAAGAAAAGUACCUCGUCCCUAAGUUGUUCGACGUUAGGCACGAUUCCUCCUUCGACGAAGCAAUUAGACUAUCCAGGUCUGAAGAGUUGAAGAUACCGUUCGGCGUUGGGAUUGCUGGAACAGUGGCGCAGACGAAGACGCUUAUCAAUAUCAGGGACGCAUACAAGGAUCCACGUUUUAACAAUGAAAUAGACCGGCGGACUGGUUACAGGACGAAUUUGAUUCUCUGUAUGCCCAUUUGCAACUACGAAGGUGACGUGAUAGGUGUUGCCCAAAUUAUCAACAAAACCAACGAUUCCCAAGAUUUCACUGCUCAAGAUGUCGAAGUUUUCCAACGGUAUCUAACUUUUUGCGGCAUAGGAAUUCAAAAUGCGCAACUUUUUGAAGUGUCGGUAUUGGAGUACAAACGAAAUCAGAUUCUACUGAAUUUGGCACGGAGCAUUUUCGAGGAGCAGAGUAAUCUGGAAUGUCUAGUGACGAAAAUAAUGAGGGAAGCCCAAGAUUUACUCAAGUGUGAACGGUGCGCUGUGUAUUUGCUUGAUUUGGAUUGCUGCGAGGCGAGCCACUUAGAGCGAAUCCUAGAACGUCCAGGGAAGUCUCUCGAGCGUUACGCUCCCCUGAAUCGAGUGGAAAGCGGCACUCUGACAGCGGAAGACAUGCGAGAAAAUGGAUUACGGAAACCGAGCGUAUUUACAACCGUGUUUGAAUUGAGAGAUUGUGGAACACAGACGCUAGUUUCGAGGCCGUCAUCCUUUGAUUUAGCAAGCUCAACAUUAGCUCAAAUAGCAGGAUAUGCCGCAUCCACGGGGCAAAUUCUUAACAUAGGAGACGUCAGAUCGUGGCUUAAGGAACAACAUAGCGAAGGAGAUGCUGAGACUGCCAAAACUAUACUCUGUAUGCCCAUUAUAAAUGGAAAGAGGACACUAAUAGGUGUGGCCCAGCUGAUUAACAAGGAAAAUAACGCCCCCUUCACGGAAUGCGACGUUUCGUUAUUCGAGGCAUUCGCCAUCUUUUGUGGUCUUGGGAUUCACAAUACGCAAAUGUACGAAAGCGCUUGUAAACUGAUGGCUAAACAGAAAGUCGCUCUGGAGUGUCUAUCAUAUCACGCUACGGCCAACGACGAGUCAACGGAGAAGUUAGUCAACGAACAAAUCCCGUCGGCUGAUUGUUUUAAUCUGUACAGUUUUACUUUUAUCGAUUUCGACCUUUCUGACGAAGAUACUUGCAAGGCUACGUUGAGAAUGUUUAUGGAAUGUAAUUUGGUGCAACAAUUCCAUAUACCUUAUGAGGUUUUAUGUAGGUGGACUUUAAGUGUAAAGAAAAACUACAGACCAGUGAAAUAUCACAAUUGGAGGCAUGCCCUCAACGUAGCUCAAACAAUGUUUGCGAUGUUCAAGACAGGAAAAAUGGAAAGGUUCAUGUCCGACCUAGAGAUACUGGGACUGCUAGUCGCUUGUCUGUGUCACGAUCUGGACCAUCGAGGUACCAACAACGCGUUUCAAAUGAAGACAGACUCACCGCUAGCAGUACUUUAUUCGACUAGUACCAUGGAACAUCAUCAUUUCGAUCAAUGCGUGAUGAUUCUUAAUACCGACAGCAAUAAUAUUUUCCAAGCAUUAUCUCCUGAUGAUUACCGUAAGGUAAUGAGAAUAGUAGAGACUGCGAUUUUAUCAACCGAUUUGGCGAUGUAUUUUAAGAAGAAAAAUAAGUUUCUAGAGCUAAUCGAUGACGGCGAAUUCGAUUGGCAAAGUGAUGACAAAAAGGAGUUACUGUCCGGCAUGAUGAUGACGGCGUGUGACGUCAGCGCUAUAGCGAAACCUUGGGAUGUCCAGCACAGAGUUGCAAAGUUAGUAGCAGAUGAAUUCUUCGAUCAGGGAGAUUUGGAAAAGCUGCAACUUAAGGAGCAACCUAUUGCGCAAAUGGACCGAGAAAGGAAGGAUGAACUUCCCCAAAUGCAAGUCGGUUUUAUCGAUGUGAUAUGCCUUCCAUUGUACAGAGUGUUAUCCGAAACUUUCCCAUGGAUGAAUCCUCUGUAUCAAGGAACACUUGAAAACCGACAACAUUGGCAGGAUUUAGCGGAAAAGGUAGAAAUGGGACUUACGUGGAUCGACCAUGAUACCAUUGAUAAACCUGUCGAAGCAUUUACAGAUCCAGAAGAGACCAAAGAUAUAGAAUUAACAGUGCAAACCUUCCAUCCAGUAACGUCAUCUCCUCCCAUAGAAAUCAAAAAGAGGCACAAGCAUAGGUUUUGUUGCAUAUUGUGA